AUGUACUCGAUGCUCUUCCUCGGCGGAGUAGCGGCCGGCGGCAUUUUCAGCGGCACGAACCCAGCAUACCAAGUCUAUGAGAUCCGGCACCACAUCCGCACGGCGCAGGUCAAGAUGUUCAUCGUGGAGCCGGAGGUGCUGGGCCCGGUGCUGGAGGCGGCGCAGUUGGAAGACAUCCCCCGGGACAUGAUCUUCAUCUUCAACACGCGGCCGCAGCAGGCGGUUCCCAAGGGGUUCCGGAGCUGGGAAUGGCUGCUCGAGCAGGGCGAGGAGGACUGGGCGCGGAUCACGGACCUGGAGGAGCUGCAGCGCACGCAGGUGGCGCGGCUCAACACGUCGGGCACGACGGGUCUGCCCAAGACGGCCAUGCAGUCGCACUACAACGCGACGUCGUGGCACACGAUGCUGCACGACAUUGCGCCCGUGCCCUGGGACGUGCGCAACCUGUACACUUUGCCGGGCUUCCACGUCGCGACGGUGCCACUGGUGCACGCGUGCCCCUUCGCGACCGGCGACCCGUGCUGGAUCAUGCGCCGCUUCGAGCUCGAGGCCUUCCUCGCCGCGCUCGAGAUGCACCGCAUCACGAACAUCGGCAUCGUGCCCCCGCUCGUCAUCGCCAUCAUCAUGUCCCCUCUGCGCCACAAGUACUCGCUCAGGUCGCUCCGCAAGGUCAAGUGCGGCGCCGCGCCCCUCGACGCCGCCUCCCAGAAAAAGUUCCAGGACCUGUGCGCCCCGGACGCCAGCUUCACACAGGUUUUUGGCAUGACCGAGACCACCGGCACUAUCAGCCAGUUCUUCCACCCGGAGACGGACGAGACGGGCAGUGUGGGGAGCAGGUUUCUGCCCAAUACCGACGUCAAGUUGAUCGACGACAACGGCAAGGACAUCACAGACUACGACGUCCAGGGAGAGCUCUGCGUGCGCGGUCCCACCGUCAUAAGGGGCUAUUUCAACAACCCGAAAGCAAACGCCGAGGCGUACGAUGCGGAAGGGUAUUUCAAGACAGGGGACAUAUUGUAUUGUGAUGGGAAGACGAAGAAGUGGUACAUUGUGGAUAGGAAGAAGGAACUCAUCAAGGUCCGCGGCUUCCAAGUGUCGCCCUCGGAGCUCGAGGCUGUGCUACUCUCGCACCCGCAGAUCGUCGACUGCGGCGUGCUCGGCUUCCGCCCCGCUGGCCGGCCCCUGUACGCCGACGAACUGAUCCGCGCAUACGUUGUGGUGCGGCGCUCUGGCGAUGGCGGCGGCAUUACCACUGCGGCCUCCGCCGACGACGGUACCUCGUCGCCCAGGCUGACAGAGGACGACGUGAAGGCGUUCAUCCGCCAGAAUCUCGCCAGCUACAAGGCGCUCACCGGCGGCGUGGUGUUCGUGGACGAGAUCCCCAAGAGUCCUAGUGGGAAGAUCCUCAAGAGGGUCUUGAAGGAGCAGGCAGAGAGGGAGGAGAAGGAAAAGGAGGGUAGGAAGGGACUGCAGGGGCGUGCGCCGGCGAAGCUGUGA